AUGAGCAACAUGGGGAAAAGAAGAAACGCUGGAUGUGACUUUAAAGGUUUUCUGAAAAACAAUUGGCUGCUCAUUGCUACAGUUGUGUCAGUGGUGUCAGGCAUUGCACUGGGAGUAGUGGUCAGGGAGUAUGCCCACCUCUCGCAACUCCACAAGUUCUACUUUGGUUUUCCUGGGGAGAUCUUAAUGAGGAUGCUCAAGUUGAUCAUCCUCCCCCUCAUCAUAUCCAGCAUGAUCACAGGGGUAGCUGCCCUCGACUCUGAGGUGUCGGGGAAGAUCGGCCUGCGCGCUGUCAUCUACUACUUUUCCACCACCAUCAUUGCUGUCGUCCUGGGCAUCGUUCUGGUGAUAACCAUCCAACCUGGAGUCUCCCACAGCACAGAGGAGAUCGACCGCACGGGGUCCACCCCUGACGUCUCCACCGCAGACGCCAUGUUGGACCUGAUCAGGAAUAUGUUUCCAGAGAACUUGGUACAAGCCUGCUUUCAACAGUACAAGACACAACGUAAAGAGAUCAAGGCCCCAGGGAACGCCACAGAAUAUCUAAAUGUCACAUCAUCAUUAACACGGUUCACCACUGUUUUGCCAUCUAUCAAUCCUAAGAAUGUAACAAAGGAUUACACCGUGGUUGGUUCGUACUCUGACGGCAUCAACAUUUUGGGCAUCAUCAUCUUCUGUCUGGUGUUUGGUCUGGUCAUUGGUCAAAUGGGAGAGAAGGGGCGAAUCUUAAUCGAUUUCUUCAACGCCUUAAACGAAGCCACAAUGAAAAUAGUCCAUAUCAUGAUGUGUUACAUGCCAAUCGGAAUACUGUUUCUCAUUGCUGCCAAGAUCAUUGAAGUGGAGGACUGGGAAAUCUUUCGAAAGUUGGGACUUUAUAUGGUGACAGUUUUAAGUGGGUUGGCUAUUCACGGGACGAUUGUCCUUCCUCUCCUGUACUUUGCGUUUGUGAGGAAAAACCCCUUCAGGUUCAUCUGGGGGAUGACCCAGGCUCUCCUCACUGCUCUCAUGAUCUCAUCCAGCUCUGCCACUCUGCCUAUCACGUUCCGCUGUGUGGAGGAGAACAACCAUGUGGACAAGAGGAUCACGCGGUUUGUUCUGCCCGUGGGAGCCACCAUCAACAUGGACGGCACAGCUCUUUAUGAGGCAGUGGCGGCCAUCUUCAUCGCUCAGCUCAACAACUACCCCUUAGACGUGGGUCAGAUAGUCACCAUCAGUGUCACCGCCACACUAGCAAGCAUAGGAGCUGCCGGAGUCCCCAACGCCGGCUUGGUUACCAUGGUUAUCGUCCUGACUGCAGUGGGUCUACCUGCUGAUGAUGUCACACUCAUUAUUGCUGUGGAUUGGCUCCUGGACCGCUUCCGUACAAUGAUCAACGUGCUUGGAGAUGCGUUCGGCGCUGGAAUCAUCCAGAAACUCUCAAAGAGGGAACUGGAAAAGAUGGACCAAGGAUCAUCGGAUACGGAGCUGUUUAACCCUUUCCCUCCUGAAAUAGCCAUGAUCCUGGAAGAAGACAACGAAAACAAUGCCUACGUCAAUGGGGUGUUCGUAGUGGAGAAGAGCGAUGUCAUAUCCUUCACACAGACCUCACAGCUGUAGACAAAGAGGAGGUGAAAACAGCCUUAGGAGAACAGAGAGGAGGUGAUGUGUUCCGGGGUCAAGCCGAUACUGAAGCAGCACUUGCACUGCUCACACCCGAGCCAAGCUCUGCGGUUUGCUGCAGUCAGUUUUAAUUAUAAUGUUUGUUAUCAAGCCAGUUAUUAUUUUGUAUGCAGAUAUAGAUGUUUUGUAUCCACAUUGCACUUUCCUUUUA